AAUCAAAACCCCCUUCGCGAAUCGCAAAUUUUAGGGUUGUGCAUAUCAAUCUUGAUUAAGAGUACUAAUCAAUUUAACUUCGUUUCUACAGUAAUGAAAUCUAAUGGAUUUGACUCAUCUUCAUCACUCAUUCAUCAAGAACUUGAGAAAUUGAAAGCUGAGAAGAAAGCUAUAGAAUACAGAAUAUCGAUUUUAGAAGCUCAAUUUAGUAAUGAUACUACUGCUAAAGAAAGUGAUUCUAGUUCUUGUCCUAAUUCAUUAUUGAACUUAGAUUCAAAUUCAGAACAUGGGUUGUCUUCAGAUAUGAUUUAUAGGUACAGUCGUCAUCUAUUGCUUCCUAAUUUUGGAGUAAAAGGGCAGUCUAAUCUUUUGAAAUCAUCGAUUUUGGUGAUUGGUGCUGGAGGGUUGGGUUCACCUGCCUUGUUAUAUCUUGCAGCUUGUGGAAUUGGCCGCUUGGGUAUUGUAGAUCAUGAUGUCGUUGAGCUUAAUAAUCUGCAUCGGCAGAUCAUCCAUGCUGAAGCAUAUAUCGGUCAGUCAAAAGUGAAAUCUGCUGCUGCUGCUUGUCGGGCGAUUAACUCCACUAUUCAGAUAGAGGAGUACAAAGAAGCGUUUAGGACAUCCAAUGCUUUGGAAAUUAUGAGCAAAUAUGAUAUAGUUGUAGAUGCUACAGACAAUGCUCCGAGCCGGUAUAUGAUCAAUGAUUGCUGUGUUGUGUUGGGAAAGCCUCUGAUCUCAGGUGCUGCUGUAGGAUUGGAAGGACAGCUCACUAUUUACAAUCACAACGGAGGUCCAUGCUAUAGAUGCUUAUUUCCAGCACCACCCCCAUCAACUGCUUGUCAGAGAUGCUCAGACAGUGGGGUUCUAGGAGUAGUCCCGGGUGUCAUUGGCUGCCUCCAAGCUCUAGAGGCUUUAAAGGUUGCAAGUGAUGUUGGUGAACCCCUGUCAGGCCGGAUGCUUCUCUUUGAUGCACUAUCAGCAAAAAUCCGUAUUGUCAAGCUAAGAGGAAGAUCUUUACACUGUGAAGCCUGCGGAGAAAAUGCAGAAUUUACCCCUCAGGUUUUCCAAAAUUUUGACUAUGAGAAGUUUACGCAAACUCCAUUGUCCACGGCACCCAUGAAACUGAAGCUGAUCCCUGAGAAUGCCAGAAUAAGCAGUAAAGAAUAUAAAGAGAAAGUUGUUCAUGGAGAACCACACAUAUUAGUCGAUGUGCGCCCUGCGCACCACUUCAAUAUCGUUUCUCUCCCGAAGUCGUUGAAUGUUCCACUCUCAACAUUAGAAGCAAAACUGCCAGCAAUUGUUUCAGCUUUGAAAGAUGAGAGAGAGCGCAAAGGUCUUGAUUCUAGCUCAAGUGCUUCACUUUACGUAGUAUGUAGAAGAGGCAAUGAUUCACAAAGAGCAGUCGAUUACCUUCACAAAAUGGGUUUUACUUCGGCCAAGGAUAUUAUUGGUGGAUUAGAGUCUUGGGCCCAAAAUGUUGAUCCCGGCUUUCCAUCUUACUGAUACUCAUGUUGCUCUUGAUUUCUAGCUACGCAACUUUCUUGUUUAGUACCUUCCAGAAAUGAAAAGGAUGGGGGGAUUUAGUAGGGAAUGUAUUGUCUCGAGUAACAGUAGUAAAUGUAUUACACUAGUAUGAGUAUUAUGUAUCGAGAAAGCUGUAACGUCUCUCUCAGGAAUUUAAAACAGAGACAUUACUUGCAACAAUGAAAUGGAUCUACCCAGGUACACUGCAUGUGUUUAGACGGUCGCACCUGGUUUGUGUUGGGUUUUCCUUCUAUUUGUUCGGUGCAUCUGGUUUGUUUU